AUGGCGCAACAUUCCAGAGUCGCAACCCAGCCCAUCCCCGUGGCCACUCUCCCGGUCGAGCCCGCCGCCGCCCAACCUCUCGCCGUCGAGCCUCUCGUUGCCCAGGCCAGAAGCUUCCACAACAGCUCCAAGCAAGCCCUCAACAUCACAUCGCCGACCGUCACCCGCGUCCUCCCCGAGUUCAGCCUCCAAGGAAAGGUUAUCGUCGUCUCCGGCGGCGCACGAGGCCUCGGCCUCACCCAAGCUGAGGCUCUCCUUGAAGCCGGCGCAAUCGUUCACGCCAUUGACCGUCUUCCCACGCCCGACCCCGACUUUGAAAAGGUCGCUCUCAGGGCCAACGUUGAGCUCGGCACUUCUCUCACAUACCACCAAGUCGACGUUCGUGAUGUCGCCCAACUCAACGAUAUAGUCGAGGGUAUCGUCAACCAGCACGGCCGCCUGGACGGCCUCAUCGCCGCCGCCGGAAUCCAGCAGGAGACUCCCGCUCUCGAGUACAAGGCCGAGGAUGUCGACAAGAUGAUGGGCGUCAACGUCACGGGCUGCUUCAUGACUGCGCAAGCCGUCGCCCGUCAGAUGAUUCGCCUCAACACCCCCGGUAGCAUUGUGAUGAUCGCCAGUAUGAGCGGCACAGUCGCCAACAGGGGAUUGAUCUGCCCUGCAUACAACGCCUCCAAGGCGGCGGUUCUGCAACUCGGACGCAACCUCGCGGCUGAGUGGGGUGUGCACAACAUCCGCGUGAACACCAUCUCGCCCGGCUAUAUCGUCACCGCCAUGGUCGAGGCUCUCUUCGAGACAUACCCCGAGCGCAAGACGGAGUGGCCUCAGCACAACAUGCUCAACAGACUGAGCAGGCCAGACGAGUACCGCGGUGCUGCCGUCUUCCUGCUGAGCGACGCCAGCAGCUUCAUGACGGGCAGCGACCUGCGCAUCGACGGUGGGCACUGCGCUUGGUAA